AUGUCCUUCAACCAGACGUGCAAAGUUGAGGGCCUUGUCCCAAAAAGUCUGCGCUUGAAGACACCGGUUGCAUCAGCGUGGGGCCACAAGAUAAUUCUACAAGCCGAAAGGAAAUUAUUGGCAGCAAGGGUUCAAGAAUGCCGACAGAAAAUCAAGGAUUUGGAAACGGAAACGUUCUUCGCAAGGCGCCAGCUAGAACACACCAUUCUUCAGGACUUCCCGGACGUACAGCUUCAUGCAAAUUUCAUGGCGACAUCAAGAGACCGCCAGUGCAGGAAGUCGCAAGAAAGUAAGCUUGACGCUCUUAGGCCGAAGGAACCCACGCAAACCAGGGAAGUCAUCCUCAACUUAUCCUCCUACAAGCCUACUGAGUCUGAAGCCGCUCUUCUGCACAAGGGCUUGAACUUCAACGCUGGCGCGUCACCCAACCCAGCUAGAGUAAUCUGCGCCGUGGAACGCGCCGUCUCUCAACUUCCUUCCGAAGUAAGAGAAGAAGCUCGCACCCGCGCCAUUGGUGUUCUUUCAAAGUGGCGGACGCGCAACCCUCAAGCCCGAUUUUCACCUGCCGAAAAACAAGCAGUCAAGGGCCUCCGGAACAAUGACUCCAUUGCCAUCCUUCCGGCAGAUAAGGGAAAUGCCAUCGUGUUGCUCGACAGAAGUGACUACAAUGAGAAAAUGAAGGAUUUGCUAUCAGACGAGGAUACGUACGUCGCGAUCCAGAAAGACCCCACGGUCAACCUGCAAACAAAACUGCAGAAGCUCCUCUCCAAGGUUUUUAAAUUUGUUCCACCGCAGCAAAAGCAUCUCUACCAUCGCCUCUUGUGUACUAACGGGUCCGCACCUGCAAUAUACGGACUACCAAAAGUUCACAAGCCAGGCGUUCCACUACGGCCUAUUGUAGACUUUACAAGGUCACCGCUGCACCGGUUAUCAGGUUACCUACACCAAGUGCUGGGCCCGCUCACCGGCAAGACAGCGACGCACAUUUCAAAUUCUUCAGCCUUCGUGGAGAAAGUGCGCGACGUCUCCCUGGAUGAAGACGACAUUAUGGUGUCAUUUGACGUGAAGUCGCUCUUCACUUCAGUGCCUGUUGACCUGGCCGUAGCUACGUGCAGAGAUCUCCUGCUGGCGGACGACACGCUCGCUGAGCGCACCCCUUUGGAAGUAGAAGACAUUUGCGAGCUUUUAGACUUCUGUUUGAGCAACACCUACUUCACUUACAACAAACAGUUUUACAGGCAGAUCAACGGAACUGCUAUGGGAGGAGGAGGAGGAGGAGGAGGAGGGAAAAACUUUGCUCUUGUCCUGUACAAGGUGUUGCCACCUGCCUGGCUAGCCUCCUAG